AUGGCGCACAUUGAUUUUGCUCUUGAACCUGACAUCCCUGACGAUAUAUGCAGCGCGAGCCACAGUGGCUGCACGCCGCGUGUACAACAAACACUGUCUCGUGCGAAAUCGACACUCGCUGCCACCGUGGCGCAGCGCGGGGCCCACUCGCGCACAACAUUUUCAGGAAAGGUUCUUUUGGUCUGCAUUGUCGUCACGACCGCGCUGGGUAUCUUGCUUGGCUCGUACGCAACUGUGAUGCUUAGCCCCGCAUGGUCGCCCCACGCACUUGUCGGUGAUGUACCCUCUUUGCACGGCUCUGUACCGCGUCUUGGCGUGCUCGACCAGCCGAUGCACUCCACGGUGUAUGCAAACCAAAGCAUGUUGGCCCCCCGCGCAGAGCAGGCAUCCAAAUCGUGCAACAGCGAUGAGGAUGGUUUGUCUUCUACGCAAAAAGGGGUGUACGGCGCGCUUAUUCCCAUCCUGGUCAUUGCGUCGGGCAUUUUUGCCGGCCUGACGCUUGGGUACAUGUCUCUGGAUGAGACGCAGCUCCAAGUGCUUAUGGCGCAAGGCACCGAGAAGCAGCGCGAGUACGCUGCCAAGAUUAUCCCGAUCCGCAAAGACGGCCACCUGCUGCUGACGACGCUUCUUAUUGCCAACAUGAUUACCAACGAGACCCUACCAAUCAUUGCCGACCCCCUGCUUGGCGGCGGUAUCCAGGCGGUGAUUGUCAGCAUUGUUCUUGUGGUCGUCUUUGCCGAGCUGAUUCCGCAGAGUGUAUGCUCUCGUUAUGGGCUGCGCAUAGGCGCGUCCUUGGCGCUGCUCACCCGAUUUGUUAUGAUUCUUCUCUGGCCGAUUGCAUGGCCAGUAUCGCGGAUCAUGCACUACACACUUGGCCCCCACCGCGGCAUUGUCUACCGCCGCGCCGAGCUCAAAGAGCUCGUCACGAUGCACGCUAUCUCGGGAGGUCACGGCGGCGAUUUGAAACGCGAUACUGUCACCAUUGUUGGCGGUGCACUUGAUAUGCAGGUAAAGGUUGUCAAGGAGGCAAUGACACCGAUCGAUCAGGUACAUAUGAUUCCCAUCACGGCAUGCCUCGAUUAUACCACACUGGAGAAGAUUGUGCGCUCAGGCCACUCGCGCAUUCCUGUCUACCAGGAUGUGCCGCAAAGUGCGACGAGCGGCGUUAUGACGCCCAACUCGAAAAUUUCCGGCCCUGCAAGUUUCCUCAGCCGCACACUUGGAAUGCUGCAGCCCGAAGCACCGGCGCGCAUGCCAGCGAGCCGCGGCGCCAAUGCGCUUUCGCUCAGCGGCAUCCUCUGGCCUGGGAGCGAUGCAUUUGUACAGCACGAGACGUCGCAUGCGCCGCCACAAGGCACACAGCGCAAGAUUAUCGGUGCAUUGCUUGUCAAGCAAUGUGUCCUGCUGGAUCCAGAGGAUGCCGUUCCUGUCAGUGACGUCAUGAUCAAUGCACUUCCGACCGUGCCGCGGGACGAGUCGCUUUUGAAUGUCUUGAACGUGUUCCAAGAAGGCCGCUCGCACAUGGCCAUUGUCUCCCCACACUCGCACUUGGACAGCGCCGCAACUGUCCCGUCGCAGACCUACAUCGACGCAAACCAAGGCACAGACUUGGAGAAAGCUACGCCUGAAUCCAGUCCCAAAACGCGCUCUCUUUCGCACCUGCUACGUGUCUUUCAUCACCGCAUGUGCGCCGAGGGCGACGGUGAGUUUGACGAUGCCAUGCACACCACGACUUGUGCCAAACAUGCCACCGUCGUGAAAGACAACACGGUGCCGAAUGCGCCGCUUGGCAUCAUUACGCUUGAAGACGUGCUCGAGGAACUGAUUGGCGAAGAGAUUUUGGAUGAGUACGACACAAGCGAGGAUGGAAGCAGUGACGCGAGCAGCCAGCAGGGCCGCUUUCCCACGUUUAGCCUCUGCGGAACGAGUUUCACAGCGAGCAAGGAGGAAACAUGCGACGUGUCGGAGGAAAAAAUAGAUCCCCCCAUGACGCAGCUGGACCUCGGUCCAGUCGCGACGGCGGAUUCAACGCAGCGUUUGCGCCAAGGACCAGACGCUUUAUGUAGCGCGGGAUAA